AGAGGUCUCGCUCUCCCCUACCGCAGUCUUUGCGCUCAGAAGCACGGUCGGGGCGGCUACAUUGUGUCUAUUGUAUUGGAUUUUCCUUUCUCCCUCCUCUUUGCCUCCUAUUAUUUUGUUCAUUUCCACGGGAGGUUAAAAUCGCAAAUGAGAAAGCAUGGCUGAUGAACAGGAAAUCAUGUGCAAACUUGAAAGCAUCAAAGAGAUCAGAAACAAGACUUUGCAAAUGGAGAAGAUCAAGGCCCGCUUGAAGGCUGAAUUCGAGGCUCUGGAAUCUGAGGAAAGGCACCUCAAGGAAUACAAACAGGAGAUGGACCUCCUGCUGCAGGAGAAAAUGGCUCAUGUGGAGGAACUGAGACUCAUCCAUGCUGACAUCAAUGUUAUGGAGAACACAAUCAAGCAGUCGGAGAAUGACCUCAAUAAGCUCUUGGAGUCUACCCGCCGUUUGCAUGAGGAGUACAAGCCUCUGAAGGAGCAUGUGGAUGCCUUGAGGAUGACUCUGGGCUUGCAGAGGCUGCCAGAUUUGUGUGAGGAGGAAGAGAAGCUCUCCCUUGACUACUUCGAAAAGCAGAAAGCUGAAUGGCAAACAGAACCACAGGAACCUCCUAUCCCAGAAUCUUUGGCUGCAGCUGCAGCUGCUGCUCAACAGCUACAGGUGGCCAGGAAACAGGACACCAGACAGACAGCAACAUUCAGACAGCAACCCCCACCCAUGAAGGCUUGCUUGUCGUGCCACCAGCAGAUCCAUCGGAAUGCACCAAUUUGCCCUCUCUGCAAAGCCAAAAGCCGCUCUCGGAAUCCAAAGAAACCCAAGAGGAAGCAAGACGAAUAAAACCUGCCAUGGAAGUUUGUGACCCAACCAUACCCCAGCCAUGCCCCAUUUUUCAGUAGAACCAUAAAUGUGACCAGCGUCCACCCGAGUGCAAAAUUACAAGCCUGACUUUAGCUUUUGCUUCUGUUUAUCAUGAUGUUAAGCACAACUGUUUCAUUUGGACCUUAUUUUCAUCUUUUGAUUUUCUGCUUUAUAGGAAGUUAUUAAGAGGCAAUGGUGCUACAGUUUGUGACAUGUUGGUCAUCCCACCAUUUGGACUCCUGCACACAAGUAGAACUUGUACCACCCUCAGGCUGAAGAACACCUGGUACAGAGAAAACAAAAGCUUUUAUCUGAUCAGCGAUAACAUGCUUAAUGUUGUAGAAAAACAAACUGAAUGGUUUUCUACUCAGCUUGCUAAAAUAUCUUCGUUUUCCAUUCCACGUUUCAUUUCCAUUCCUCCACUAAUUUUGUAUCAAACCUUUAUGCUAGUUUCCAGAGAUGAAGAGUCUUUAAGUGGGCAAAACUGCGUAUGUCUGAUUUUAUGGGAAGUGUGUCUUUACUCACCCAUUCCUCUUCCAGUUAUAAUCAGGGGUAUAUGUUAAGGGAAUCAGUAUUCUGCACUACCUGGAAACACUGAUCAAUUAUCUUAUCUGUUCAUGUAAACUUGCAUUCGAGUGUGCUAUUAUUUGCAAUUUUUACUAUUUGGACAAUGCACCCCAUUUUUGCUAAUCAUGGGGAGGGCCAAGGAGCCUGUACACAGGCUUGCCUUGUGGCUUAGGAAAAUACUAUUCAACCACUAUUUCGGCAUCCAAUGUUUUAGCAAAUAUUGCCCACACAAAGAAAUUUUUUUAUAUGUUUUCAACGUUAAGGACGUAGGCACUUGCUGAAAAAAAGCUGAAACUUGCAAUUCUGCAAUACUUUUUGUGCUCCUGCAGAGACAUAGGAAGUUGAUUUUCACCAGGUGGCUAUGUUCCCCCUCCACUGUUGGAGGCAGUAUGCCUGUGAAUACCAGUUGCUGGGAACUGCAAGUGGGGAGAGUGCUGUUGUGCUCAGGUUCUCCUUGUGGGCUCCUGCUGGGCAUCUGGUUGAACACUGUGAGAACAGAGUGCUGGCCUUAGAUCAGGCAUAGGCAACCUUGGCUCUCCAGAUGUUUUGGAACUACAACUCCCAUGAUCCCUAGCUAACAGGGCCAGUGGUCAGGGAUCAUGGGAGUUGUGGUUACAAAACAUAUGGGGAGCCAAGGUUGCCUAUGCCUGCCUUAGAUGGACCAGCCACCAGGCUCUUAUUUUCAGGUUAGACUAUUUGCUUCCUUAGCCCAGAAUUGUGACUGACAGCCUGUGACAAGCAGGGUCCCCAACAGAGAAAGGCCUUUUCCCAUCACUUGUUCCCUGUUCCCUUUUAAUUUAGGAGGUGAAGAAUCUCCCAUCUGCAGGCCAAACAUGGCCCCCUCUUUCCAACCUACAGGACUCUUCACCCCAGGCCGAACUCUCACCAGCCUUGAUCUGUGCACACCUUGAGUGCUUUUGCAUGACUGGAACCUACUCCUGAUCCAUGAGGAUGCCUCUUGCUUGCCUGGUUGGUAGAUGAAGAAAAUUAGCUUACUGUACAAAUGUAAGAGGCUCCUCUAUUCUGCCCGUUUGGUCUGGCAUGCAGUCCCAGGAAAGUUGCCCAGAAGGGAGUACAGCUUUAUGGGUGAAAAGGUUCCAUACCCCUCUUUUAACUGCAGAUAUCAGGGUUUGGACCUAGUGUCUUCUGCACUGGUGGUUUGCACUGGUGGCUACCACCUGAGUGAUGCAAAAUGAAGAAAAGUAAAGCAUCCAUUCAUUUUGCUCAAGGAACGAGUGCAGGAAGCUGCCUUUUACUGAGUCAGACUACUUGUACAACUAGCUCAAUUUUGCCUACACUGAUUGACAGCAGCUGUCCAGGAUUUAAGAUAGCCCUCCCUGGCAUAGCUGUCAACUUUCGGAUUUGAAAAUAAGGGAUCAGGAGCAUCACCUGUCCACUUUCGGAUUUGAAAAUAACAAUCCAGGAUAGCAGCGGGAAACGGCGCUGGAAUAAGGGAAUUUCCAGCAAAAAAAGGGAAAGUUGACAGCUGUGGCUUGGAAUAAGGGAGUUUCCCGCAAAAAAGGGAGGGUUGGCAGCUAUGCUCCCUGGAGAUAGAACCUGGGAUCUUCUGCAUGCAAAACAGAUGCUCUACCAAUGAGCUACAGCCUUUCCUCAGUAGUCUGCCCCCCCUUUUGCUCAGUAGUGUUGCUGUUACUUACCCCCUUCUAAAUUCUCAACAGACAAGACUGAGUCAGCAUCGAGACGUUUAUUCAGAGUGGUGAUGCCAUGAUGGCCAGAUUAGUUCUCUGGCACGGACAAGUGUCAAUGAGUUAUUUUAACACAGUGAAGAGAUAACUUUUGUUGUUCUUGGUAACAUCAGCUACAAAGCAAGCAAUAUAAGUAGGCUAUGUGAUUUGAGUAUUAACAUUUGGGCUUACACUGCCCAUGCACAGUCCAAUGAUUUAUAUAAAAGGCUAUUCAGCAUAAAUGUAGGAUUAUAAAUGUCUCUUUGCUUUACAUUUGUGCAGUAUUUUUUAAAAAGUGUGAAUCUUUCAGAUGCUUUUCAUAUUUCUAGUCCUUAGAUGUAAUGGGGGGAAGUAUGUGGCCCUCCAGAUGUUGCUAACUACAACUCCCAUCAUCCCUAAUCAUUGGGCAUGCUUGGUGGGGCUGAUGGCAGCUGGAGUCCAACAACAUAUGGAGGGCCACCGAUUCCCCACCCCUAAUAUAAUGGGAUCAACUAUUAGCCCUUUUAUAGCCUAGAAAGAGUCUGAUUUAGGAACAAGUGAGUAUUGUUAACAUUGGAAAAAUGUUCUUUUCUGUUGCUACAGAGAUGUCAAGAAUAGCUAUUAAAGGGACAGUGUAUUAAAACACCAUUUUUGUUUACCUAUCCUGUUUCACAUGCUGUUGGCAUUGGGAUUUUUGCAUUUUUAAAAAAUUUAAUCAGAAACAUAUAGUGCAAUAACAUUAAAAUAAAGCCAAGGAGAAAACAAUACAAUUGCAUGAAAAUCAAAAUUACACACACACACACACACACACACACACACACCGCAAAUGUUGGUUGCACUCACAAUUCCUGGAAAAAAUAAUUGUUGAUUUGGAUGGUAGUAACAAGUCCUUUAAAAAAGAUUUCCUUUGUUCAUAAAUAUUGGGAUGUUGUCCUCAUGUUCUUUUUUAAGAGUUCAGUUUAAGCUGAAAAGCUUCUAAGAAUUCAAGAUAGUAGCAUAUUUCAAAAAGGCAUUUGAACAUUGUUAUCAUCAUUUAUAUAUAAAAUAAAUUUUUGCUAUGGUCGAUAGCUAUGGUCCUGAUUUGACUAUACCAUAAAUCCUUAUUUAAUCUCUAAGUAUUCCCAUUUUUAAUUUAUUUUAUUGAUAAUCAUCCUGGCAGCAAACAAAAAAUAUAAAUUCAUUUCUUUUUCCAAACUAUUUGAUUUGGCCCAUCCCAUAUCCCCAAUAAUGCUAAAUAUAGGAUUGGUAUAAAUUCUUGUUUGUUUAUUUAAAAAAUAUUAAAUAAAUUUCUAGGAGCAGCAUUUCAUGAAAAACUUUCACUGAAUGACAUUCCCUCCAUAAUUGUAAAUAUGCACUCAUUUGGGGGAGAGGUUGGUGAUUAUCACCAGUGGCACCUUAAAAUGAUCAUAAGGGCCAUUUCAUGAAUUCUUGCUGAAAUUGAUUUCAUAUGCCCCCUGCUGCAUUUUCUUUUCCAUUUUAUGGGAUCAGCAUCAUAACCUAAACCAUUUCCCCCAUAUUUUUAUAAUUCCAUUAGAUCACCUGCGCCUCAUUUUGUUAAUAUUUUAUAAAUUGGGGUCAUGCAUCCUUUGGCAUUGAAAUUAUGUGCCAGUAUCAGGUUUUUGGAUGGUUGCAAUUCUCUUUUUACUUGCUGUUUAAUAAUAUAUUUUACUAUAAAGGAACGAACUCACCUAAGCUCAAGCCAAGAGUACUCUUACUCAUUAUUAUUGCAGAAAUUCUUAAUUCUAUAAUAUCCCUUUAUUAACCUUUUUUUUUAAAAAAAUUCUGGGUUCUAUUAUUAUAGAACAUGGGUUCUAUUAUUAUAGAUCAGUGGAUGAUGCAAAUGGGAGUAAGCAAGGUCUUAAUUGAAAUUGGAUGCUUCCAUCUAGACUGCAAAAUUGUAACUCGUUUUUAUGAAAAGCUUUGAACCCAAUUCUACAUCCUUAAGGUUUUUUACUAAGGAAAAAUGCUGCCAGGAAUACAUCUUGACUAUCAUUUUCCAUACAGACCCCACACUUUAGCAUCUUCUUUCUUUACUAAUAGCAGAAUUUGUCUUAAUUGGUUUGCUUCAUGAUGUUAAAUGAAUAUUGGGGAUACCCCCCAUCUCUUUUCAUCUUUUGACUUUUAAAAUUUGUGGUCUUCUCCCCUCAAUAUAUAGUCUUCUAUUAACUUUUGCCAAGAGUGUAUUGCUUUAGUGGAAAUAAAAAUUUGUAAAGCCUGGAAAAGAUAUAGCACACUUGGAUGCAUUUUAUUUGCUGCCAUUUCCCCUAAUAGAUAUGUGGAUUUAGAUCUACUUUUGAUGCUGAUAUUUUUGGUAGACUCCCAGCUUUGAGUUCAGAUUAUGCUACGCUUCAGGUUGGAUUCUGAAACCCAGUGACUUCUGAAGUGAGUCCCCCAUGCUCUGAAAUGAUGUCUUGAAUAGCCAUUCAAAUGUGCUAUAUAGCAGUGGUGGCCAACUUCCAAGAGACUGCGAUCUACUCACAGAGUUAAAAACUGGCAGUGAUCCCCCUUUUGGGGGGUUCAGGUCAAAGUUGUUGAGCUACUUUAGGGAAUAGGAAAGUGACGCUGAGUGUUUUUUUUUAGGAAGGAAAGCCCUGUUUUUGGUGAUUCAGGUCAUUUUAGGGGUGCAGGGCAAAGAUGUUGAGCUUUUCUUAGGGGAGACAAAGUGUUUUAGCUUCUUUGGGGGGAGCCACUGAUCUACUGGUGAUCUACCACAGACGUCCAGUGAUCUACCGGUAGAUCACGAUCUACCUGUUGGACAAGCCUGCUAUAUAGAAAGAGCUCAGCCUAUUGUACUCUCUGGGCCACUAUUGUCACAUAUUGCAAUGCAGUGAUGCAAAUUAAUGAUACCAUCAACCCAUCUGAUGUGUUAGCAGCCUCUA